UAAAUUUAUGUUUGAAACUUGAACGGGGGAGUCCACGUAGGAGAGAGAGAAAGGGCAAUAAAACUACUUUUAUAGUUAUAUACAGUUGAAACAGGCAUUCUUUUCUCCGCUCCUCGUGUCUCGAUGCCGCUUAAUUCUCGCCAAUGUCGCUCCCCGACGCCCGAGAGAGAAGUUUGUAUAGAAUCCACCCCGCUGCCGUAACCCACGCUUCUAUUUCUUUUCCUUCCCCUCGCCUUCCUCAAAACCAAAUUGUUCGCAUUCCCAAUUCCCCAUUCGAUCUUACACCGUUUUAACCGUUUUAAUCACAAGGAAAUAGCUUUCUCCCCCAGCUGCGAGUGCAAGCUCUGGUAGCUCCAGAAACAGAUGGAAACAGAGAGAUGCAGAGCAUGCCAAGAAUCAGCUCGUACUUGUUGAUGGAAGAUCGGGCAUGAUAUUAAGUUAGAUUUCAAAUGAUUGGUGUAUCAGGAUUUUUUCCAUUUUGGAUCUUUGGUGCUAAGCGGGUCGUGAUUUGGCGCUCUUAUUUUUAUUGAGCAUAAGGACUAGCAAUAAGCAUAAGAAAUUCUUUCAGUAACAGUACCGCUCCAUGUAGUUUCAACAGUUUUGUUGGCGCAAUUGGUUUCUUAAUUCAAAAAUAAAAUUAAGGUGAAGAAUAUGAUGAUCAGGGGAAGGAAAAUGUUAAAGAGUUGAAAUUGUGAGGAGGUUUAACCAAUACUGAGGACUGCUGGAGAGACUAUCCUUAAUUUGUGGUUUGGAGAAGGAAUUAAUAUCUCAAGUAGACAAGAAACUGUUCCUUUGCAUCUAAAUAAGUCUCAGCAGUUGCUUGAUGCGAUGACCGGAAAGACUCCUGACGCAUCAGGUAAAGGGAUCCAGCAACAACCAACCUUGGUAAUUCCGAAUCUAGGAAACAAUGUAAAAAACAAUUUCUCUUUGAGGACAGGUGAAGAGUUUUCAAUGGAGUUUCUUCAGGACCGUGUUGCUGCUAGAAGAGUUCCACCUGUAGCCGACACGACUCAAAAACGUGAAAAGAAGGUUGUAUUCAAUUACAUUGAGAAUGGCCAUCUGGUCAACGAGGAUCACAAUGGUAUUCUUGGGUUGACGAGAAUGGGUUCUGAAUGUGCUUCUGACCUCUCUGAGUAUGCCUCUGCAAGAGGGCCUGACAAGGAACUUGAGAAUGGGGCUUAUGUUGACAAAUCAAUCAAAUACCACAAGGAAGAUGGUGAUAGUGGACAUGGGUCAAGGAAGGCUUUUGGUGAAUUGAAUCGUGAUGGGAUUGGUUUGGGCACAAUGGCUCCUCCAAUUUGUAAAUCUAGCUCCCCUCAAUCCAACAACUUUCCUGGGUCAGGAGCAUCAGAUGGUUCUCAAUAUAGGAAAAUGACGUUUCUCUGCAGUUUUGGUGGGAGAAUUUUUCACCGGCCCAGCGAUGGGAAACUCAGAUAUGUUGGCGGUGAGACACGCAUUAUUUCCAUCCCAAAGAAUAUCACACGGGAAGAGCUUGGGAAGAAAACUUUAGGUAUUUGUAAACAUCCUCACACAAUCAAGUAUCAGCUUCCUGGUGAGGAUCUUGAUGCCCUGAUAUCCGUGUCUUCCGAUGAGGAUCUUCAAAACAUGAUAGAAGAAUAUAACGGGCUUGAAAGGCAUGAGGGUUCUCAAAGACUCCGUCUUUUUUUGAUACCUUUGGGCGAGUCUGAGGAAAAAUCUUCCAAUGAGGGUAAGACUAUAGAACAGAGCAGUCCUGAUUACCCAUAUGUUGUUGCUGUGAAUGGGAUCCUAAAUCCUAUUUCUAGGAGGAACACCGGUGGACAGGCAAAUGAAGCAAGUCAGCUUGGAGCUGAUUUGGACCGCAAUCCCACUUUUCUCCGAAAAUCUCCUAGUGCCCCAGUUCAAUUAGAGAUGAAGGGCGGUUUUAAAGAUUUGCAUUCUGCUCAGUCUCUUAAUCAAUUCCAGAAUACGAGCAGGUCUCCGGAUAAUCCUCCUCCUUUUUCUUCAGUCCUGCUUCAUGGAGGAGAUUCAAUGCAAUUACAUGGCGAUAACUCAUGCCAAGUUAGUAAUGAGAGCAGCAUUCCAUUUGUCAGUGCUCCACUACCACAUGAGAGCCCAAGCAGUGGCAGUGCUGGUUACAAACACCAUAUGCAAGGGGCAGUACCUUUAACGAAUCAUCUUCCUCCUUGUAAACAACUUGAUGUCAACCAGACAGACCAAGGUGGAGAACAUGUUCAUAACCGCAACACCAUUGAACAAUUUGUGAUUCCAGAUCUUGAUAAAAAUGAUAGUGACUUUGACGGAUUCUCAUGUGAGAGACCAAUGCCCAAGGAAAGGACUUUCCAUUCUGAAAAGCCCAUCUCUCAACCAGAAGAUCCGUUGGGUUUGGUUUCAAGAUCCAGUGACUGUGCUGAUUCUCAUCGUCGGAUGCCACAUGCAUUUUCUGAUUCAAAGCUGCACGAAUAUGGAGGGAGCUCUGCUUUCUGUUCUCUAGAAGGAAUGAGCCCGUUGUCCCCCUUGAACUUUUCAAAGGCUCAAGUGACUCCACUGCUAAAUUCAAACUGCUCACGAGAAAAACCAUCGCAACAACAUGAGAAUAUCGAUAGCUUCUAUCCUCACGUGCAAUGUAAGCUAGUGGAUGUUGACUCAACUGGAUCUCAGAGUAGACUGGAUUUGCUGAAUUCUUCCACAUGUUUAAAAAGAUUGGGCAGGAAUGAACCUAUUCAUGAGGGUAUUGUUGGCAGCAAUCAGAAAUGCCGAACAGCUGAAAAAGACUUAACUGAUUCUGGUUUCAGCAUACCAAAGCACUUGCAAGAAAAUUUUUCUACUUUGGAAACUAUGGAAAGGUUUGAUGAAAAAAGUUAUUUUCCAUGUCAAGGUAGAAAGCUUCAUGAGGACAGAUCUCCUGCUACCAGAUUGGAACGUAAGAAAAUAUCACCCAAUUUAGACUCCAACCAACAUACGUUUGGUGUUGGUACUUCUACACAAGAGUUACAAGCCUCAGGCCAUGUGCUUCCAGCAUCCUCAGCCAUUAAUUUCAAGCCUUUUGUAGAUAACCGGAUGGAGCACCCCCAAAAUUACCCACAGGGAAAAACCCCUUCUGAUCUCCUUCUUGUGAGCCAAGGAACUGCCCAUGAUGAGGAUUGUGCCUUGUCUACAAGAGUGAGCGGUGAAAAGGGAAUAAGAACUUCAGAGAUUGGGAUUUCUGAAGCUGCAAGCUUAAAUCCAGGCGUCAGACAACAGUCUCCCAAUGAAAAUUCUUGGACUGAUCUUAUGUCUGGGUCAUCCAGUAGCCUUAAUUCCCUUGAAUCUCCACUGCUACAACCUGCUGCAAGUGGAAAAGAUUUGGGUCUCCAAGGGCCCAUGCUAAGGAGCUCUGUGGAUUUGUGCCCAUCUGCAGUUCAUGAUAAAUGUGGUUUGAGAUCAAACUUGAAUAACAAUGACCAUAAAAUUAUUCAGAACCCAACUGAAGAAGAUUUGAUCUGGAGAGAGUUCUCUCUUGUAGAUGAUAACUUUGUUAAUAAACUUGAUCAGAAGGUUGAGAACUUUGCAAGACCUAUUAGUGAGAAGUCAGACGUUAAAGAUUGCUCAUUGGCGGAAACAAAACCUCUGAGGAGAAGUCAAGAUGACGAUCUGCUGGAGUCAGCUAUUGUGGAAGAUGUGCAUGAGACUACUCAUGCUUGCGUACAGUCUUCAUCAGCAGCUGCCCCAUGCAUAUUGGAUGAAACCAGUAGCAAUGUUAUUGAUAUUGAAUCUCCUACAGAAACAGAGGAGGGCAGCAUCAUUCUAGAGUUUGAGUAUGAGGAUGCCGUGGCUGAUGAUAAAGACAAGACUGAUUCAAUUAAUGAGGCACUCAUAGCUGAAAUGGAAGCCAGCAUAUAUGGCUUGCAGAUUAUAAAGAAUGCUGAUCUUGAAGAACUGUGGGAAUUAGGAUCUGGUACAUACGGGACUGUGUUUCAUGGAAAAUGGAGAGGAACGGAUGUUGCCAUAAAGAGAAUAAAAAAGGCUUGCUUUUCAGGGAGAUCGUCAGAACAAGAACGGUUGACCAGAGACUUCUGGAGAGAGGCUCAGAUUCUCUCAAAUCUUCACCAUCCAAAUGUGGUCGCAUUUUAUGGUGUCGUACCUGAUGGAACUGGAGGAACCUUGGCAACUGUAACUGAGUGUAUGGUGAAUGGCUCACUUAGGCAUGUCCUACUUAAGAAGGAUAGAUCACUUGAUUGGCGUAAGAAGCUUAUAAUUGCCAUGGAUGCAGCUUUUGGUAUGGAGUAUUUGCAUUCAAAAAGUAUUGUCCAUUUUGACUUGAAAUGUGAAAAUUUGCUUGUCAACCUGAGGGAUCCACAACGACCUAUCUGCAAGGUUGCAGAUUUUGGACUAUCAAGAAUUAAACGCAAUACUCUCGUGUCUGGUGGCGUGCGAGGAACCCUUCCAUGGAUGGCACCAGAAUUGUUGAAUGGUAGCAGCAGCCGGGUCUCUGAGAAGGUUGAUGUUUUCUCAUUUGGCAUCUCAAUGUGGGAGAUCCUGACUGGGGAGGAACCUUACGAAAAUUUGCAUUGUGGUGCAAUUAUUGGGGGAAUUGUGAAGAAUACUCUGCGGCCUCCUAUUCCUGAACGAUGUUAUCCUGAGUGGAGGAAGCUGAUGGAAGAGUGUUUCCCAGAUCCUGAAACCCGGCCAUCAUUUACCAACAUAACCAACCGAUUGCGAUCUAUGUCUAAUGCACUUCAUUCAAAGGGAUCUAAUAAUCCGGUGACCAGGCGCAAAAAGGCCAACAUUUCAUCAUGAUCAAUAAUAGCAUAUAUGUUAUGUACCUACUCUGUUCCUCGGUACCAUGAUUGUCUAGUAGCCACAAGAUAAGCCCUUGGGAUAAGAGAAGAUCAAAGCAUCGAGGAUGAGCAUGAGUACAAUUCAGUGAUCUAUUGGUUCUUCUCGGUUUGUUGAUAAAGUCAUCUUCAUUCUUUUAUUCUUUCGCAACAAAACACUACGGAUAGUAAAUGAUAAAGAGAGCAUUAUACUGUUCUCUGCUUAGUUUACUCUCACCCCUUUUUUCUCCAAAAUCCUGAGUUCAUUUGUAUAUAUGCACACUAAAG